CUGCCCUCUGCAUUUCGUCGAACUCGGACACAGGCAGACACGAAGUCCACGGAUAGUUACGCCUAAUCUCUAGACUUAUCUAGACCUCGGACCACGCACACAAGGACCUUGACGAAUUCAUCCCAGAAUCCUAUAUUUCAAGGAGAACACAUUCUCCACAACAUCCUUCAAAGUUCCAACCAUCAACUCUGAAACAUGCCCUCUGAUCCACCACCAGCACCUGUACCCAUCACCGUCUUCACGGGCUUCCUGGGCGCCGGAAAAACGUCUAUCAUCCUCUCACUUCUACCACAACUCCCGAAAGGUUACCGUUGUACAUUGCUGAAGAAUGAGUUCGGAGACAUCGAAGUGGACAGCCAAUUAGCGAAACAGAGUAGCCUAGCGUCGGUCAGCGAGAUCUUAAACGGAUGCAUGUGUUGUGUGUUGGUUGGACAAAUGAAGACCGCAUUACUCGAGAUCAUGGAAACUCAAAACCCUGACCGUAUCAUCAUCGAAUGCUCCGGAUCUGCCUUUCCCGCUACCUUAGCUUUCCAAAUCCGCGAACUUGAGCGCGAAACAAACCACGCACUCGCACUUGAUGCGAUCGUCACGGUCAUCGACGCGGAGAACUUCAGAGGAUACGAAGAUACUAGCAUGACUGCUCGCAUGCAGGCUCAGUACACUGAUGUCAUUCUCAUCAACAAGUGGGAACAUGUAUCGGAGCGUGCUCUCGACGAGGUGUUGGAUCACCUGAACACUCUGAAUGACCUCACGCCCAAGAUUAGAUGUACGGGUCGCGCCGGCGUUGAUCCUUCCCUCAUCUUCGGACUAGACUCGAAACUGUUCCUGAAGAAUGUCGAUGUUAGGAGUGGGGAUGGGAAAGAUUAUUUGCCUUCGGACGCUUCGACUACACACCACGACGAGGUCGAGACUGCGACUGGAACACAUUCCCAGCCGGUCGACGAAGUGGUUCUCAAGGACGCUUUGGCUGGAUUGUCAAAGGAGACCAUCUAUCGUGUGAAAGGUUUCGUUCGACUCGACUCUGGCUUCAAAAUAUUGAACUGGGCGUUUGGGAGGUAUGAUAUGCAUGUCUGGGAAGGGGGAAGUGUAGAUGGUCAGGAGGAGGUUAAUAUCAAGUUGACCGUCAUGGGCGAGAGGGGUGAAGUGAAGAGAGCAGCGCGAAAGUUCGCCGAGAAGCUAGGGGCGGAGCUAUCGAACGUGUAA